AUAUUCCACCAAUUUACCUGGGCCAUCUGCUUCGACUUUUGUCUUCCCUCCGCUCACCGUUGAUACCCUGUAACAUUACACUCGUUCCCCCCUGGUCGUCCGGAGCCGCUCACUGGGCCUUUCACCGCCCUUUCCUUCGGGACCACCACCGCUCGUUUAGCACCGAGAGUACUGUCUUCUGCCCAUCAUGCACGGCUAUUCGUCUUCCUCGGAUUCCGAGGAUGACUACUACAACUACCGCAAGCACAAGGGUGCCGCUCCUGCCACGACCAAUGCGAACGAUGCGAACAAGAAAAAGAAAAAGCGGAAAUUCCCGCCGCAGCAGACCAUAAACCGCAUCUGGAAGCGCUUCAGCAAAAAGCGGUUCGACAAGGCGCUUGCCGUCCUUCCCUUCGACCCGGUCUUGCCACCCAUCAUCUCAGACCGAUCCAACGAGUUGCUGAGAGCCGGCUAUGAGCGCGCUGCCGAAGAAUGUCGCCGCAAAGUUCGCAAGAUCAUACAGGAGUGCCGGAGGGUGAACAUGCGAUAUCGAGACCCUGGCUGGGAUAUUGAUUGGGACCUUAAGAUGGAGAAAGGCCAUUGUCUCAACAGCCUCGGCCGCAACAAGUUCGAUCUGAGCAUGUCGACCAUGAUGAACCCUAGCGCCAUCGUGCCCAAAGCGGUGAAGCGAAUCCACGAGAUCUACGAGAAGCCAACCUUUAUGGCCAACGUCAGCGGCUCCGACGUCAAGCAAGGCAGUCUCGGCGACUGUUGGCUGAUGGCCAGUCUGUCUGGGUUGGCCAAUGUUGAAGACGGCAUUCAGCGGAUCUGCGUCGAGUAUGACACUAAGAUCGGCAUCUACGGCUUUGUGUUCUACCGAGACGGCGAGUGGAUCUACUCCAUCAUCGACGACAAGCUCUACCUCAAGUCCCCGUGCUGGGACUCGCCGAGCAUGCAGCGCGACCUGCUGCAGCAAAUUGACCGCGAAGACGUCGAGCGCGUGUACCGCAAGACAUACCAGACCGGCUCUAAGGCGCUGUUCUUUGCCCAAAACAAGGAUCAGAACGAAACUUGGGUGCCGCUCAUCGAGAAGGCCUACGCCAAGGCUCACGGCGACUAUGCGUCGCUGGCCGGCGGCUGGAUCGGUGAAGGCCUGGAAGAUCUCUCUGGAGGUGUCACCACUGAGCUCUUGGCCUCAGAUAUCCUCGACCUGGACGGAUUUUGGGAAAACGAGCUUAGCAAGGUCAACCAAGAGUUCCUGUUUGGCUGCAGCACCGGCCUCCUUGACGGCGGCUACGGUGACCGCGACGGCAUUGAGGAGGGCCAUGCCUACGUCGUCAUGGAGGCACGGACGCUCAAGAACGGCACUCGUCUUGUCAAGCUUAGGAAUCCUUGGGGCAAGACCAAGAAGGGCAUUUGGGAAGGUGCGUGGUCCGACGGCUCCAAGGAGUGGACGACCGAAGUGCAAGAAGAGCUAGGCCACCAAUUCGGCAGCGACAGCGUCUUUUGGAUCUCGUACGAGGACCUUCUGCGCAAGUACCAGCACUUUGACCGCACGCGCCUGUUCCGCGACCCCGACUGGCGCUGCUGCCAGAGGUGGAUUGGCGUCGACGUGCCGUGGAAGCCGCAGUACCACGAAAAGUUUCACAUCAAACUGACGCGCGAAGGCCCGCUGGUCAUCGUGCUGAGCCAGCUCGACAACAGGUACUUCAAGGGUCUGCACGGCCAGUACUCGUUCCGCCUGCAGUUCCGCAUCCACGAGCAGGACCGUCCUGAUCCGGAAGAUUACAUCGUCCGCAGCCACGGCAACUACCUCAUGGACCGAUCCGUGUCAAUUGAGCUGCCGUCCAUGCUCCCUGGUACCUACAGUGUCUACAUCAGCGUCUCGGGUGAGCGCAACCCCGAUGUGCCCAGUAUAGAGGAGGUUGUCAAGCGCGAGUGCAAGAAGCGCGUCGAGAACGAGAAGCUCGCGCAGGUUGGCUACGCCUACGAUCUCGCUCACAGCAAGGCUGCUGCGCAUCUCCAGGCGGUCAGAAAGGCGCGCAAGAGGGCCGACCAGAAGAAGGCCAGCGAAGCUCGCCAGAAGGAGCGCCACCGGUUGUGGGAGAAGCGUCACCUCAACCGCCAGAUCACCAAGAAACAGGGCCGCAAGAACAACCAGAAGCUUGAGGCUAAGCAGGCUGCCCGCGAGGAGAAGAGGCGCCAGGCCGAGGAGCUGAAACCUAAGGAUGAGGGUGUUCAGACCGAGGAUCUUCCCAAGGAAGAGAAGAAGGAGGAUCAGCCCGAGGUCAAGGAAGAGGCCAAGGACGCCAAGUCGUUCGAGCCGUCACUCAAGGCCGAGGAUAUCAAGGACGGGAACAGCAAAGCCGAAAAUAAGGAGGCCGGCGAGGUUGACGGCGAACAGCCCAAGGCGGACCUCGAGGCCAAGAAGGAGGAGUCUCAAGAGCCCGACAGGAACGAGGAUGACUCGUCUGCCGACGCCACGCCAAUUCCGACUCCUGAUGAGACCCCUGCGGACACACCUACAAUGGAGAAGGCCGCACCGCACAUGGUCCAGAUUGACAGUCAGGAGGCAGAAGACGAGAAAGAGGAGCCAAAGGAUGCUUCCGCAAAAGAUGCAAGGGCGAAAUCGGACGACAAGUCUGACAAGCCCGAAGAUAAGGCCCAGUCAUCCGGCAGCCCAGCCGGCCAGGAUAAGGAGAAGGUGCCUGUACCACCCGCCGACGAGUCCAAGAUAUCCGGUGGUCCUCCGUCGCCGCCUCUACCCAAGCCCUCACCAAAGCCGGCGCCUCCACCAGCAAAAAAGGCGCCCAACAUGUACGUCACGUCGGACGGCGAAUCCAGCGCGUCGCCGAUUGAGGACUGGGAGGAGCUCUACAGCAGCGACGACAUGUCGCGCAAGCCGCGCAUGGCGGCGCCCCCCCCCGCCAACAACACCGCGGUGAGCAAGUACCGCGACGAGACCGAGGACGAGAACGAGCCUGAUCCGUGGAACGCCAUCUGCGUGGUUGGGCUGCGCGUCUACUCCAAGGAUGAGGACCUCGAGCUGCGCGUCGUCAUGGAGGGCGGUGAGCUCGAGGAGGGCGGCAUGGGUGAGAAGGGAGGGGUGGAUCUCGACAACGCGCAGGCUAAUGCCGGGGGUGCGCGGACGACGCGGGUUGAGAAGAAGGAGGAAGAGCAGGAUGGGGAGGCGUAUGAGGGGGACAGCGAGGUGGAGAAGAAGAAGUCGAAGAAGGGGGGGAAGAAGAAGAAGGAGGGCGGCGAGAAGAGUGAUACCGAGACGGAUAAAGAGACGGAGAAAGAGAAGGGAAAGGCGGAUGAUGGCCUGGCGCCGUACCCCGUCAUCGUCCAGAAGGGCAAGGGUGACGAGGAGUAUGAGACGGCUGUUGAGUCCAUGCUGGACUAGGUCCAUGACUGGGCCGUGAUGAGAUUUGGCGACGCAGCGGGAUACCCUUACAUAUACUGCAUCUAGAAUGCUUGCGCGAGACGUAGAGAGAUGGGAGCGUUGGUUGGAGUUUGGAUACAUUGCAAUUUCUUGGUCUGUUUCUCCGCUUAUUUGGAAGUGUAUACGAGGUAUUCCGCUCGG